AUGGCGGGCCUCCCACUGGGCUCCGAGGCCCAUGUGGAGGAUAUCGCCCCAGUGGGCGGCCUCUGGGUUGGGGUUCACUGGGGUGGCGGGGGCGGGCCCUGCGGCAACAGGCUGGGCGCCGGGCGGAACCUCGGUGGGCAGGGCGGUGGAACGGGGAAGCCCCUGCCGCCCGAGCCAUCGGAGGGCACAGAGCGGCGGCGCCGGGGCCAUGGAGCGGCAGCUUGGGGGCCGCGCUGCGGUGCUGGCAGCAGACGGGGUCUGGGGGAGGCCUCCCCUCGUGUCUUGAAAGGCCAGCCUGGGCAUGGGGGGAAGGGAGGGAGUCUCCACCCCCAACCCACGGGGACCCCUUCUGCUCAAGGACCCGAGACGCGGGCUGCUCCAGGGGAGAACCUGGGGUGUCUGAGGUUGGGGGAACCGGGCAGGGAGAGCCCCCAUGGGGGACCCACCCUGGAACCAGCAGCACGCGUCCCGCAGGCCCUCCUGCUGCUGCUGCUGCUGCUGCCGCCGCCGGGCGCCGGGGGCCAGGCCGGCACCCCCGGCCCCCGCUGUGGCUGUGCCCACAACCCUCCAAAGAGGAGCAGUCUGCUCUGCUGCCGGGGCUGCCCAGCAGGACAGUACCUGGCAGCCCGCUGUACACAGCCUUGCGGCAAUGCCACCUGCCUCCCGUGCCCCCGGGGCACCUUCCUGGCCAGGGAGAACCACCACGAGACCAGCUGUGCCCGCUGCGAGACCUGUGAUGAGCAACUCUCCCAGGUGGCCCUGAGGAACUGCUCAGCGGCGGCGGGCACCAGCUGCGGCUGCAGGCCAGGCUGGGUCAUGGAGUGCUUGGACGCGCACUGUGUCGGCAGCCUGCUCUUCCAGUGCCGCUCGUGCCUGGACUGCGGGGCCCUGCGCCGCCACCCGCGGGUGCCCUGUUCCAGCACAAAAUGUGGGACCUGCCUGCCUGGCUUCUACGAACAUGGCGACAGCUGUGUGUCCUGUCCCACGAGCGCCCCCUGGAGCUGUCCUGGGCCCUGUGCGGCGGUCUGCAGCUGGAGGCAGAUGUCCUGGGUCCAGGUGCUCCUGGCAGGCCUGGUGGUCCCACUCCUGCUCGGUGCCACCCUGACGUACAUGUACCGCCGCUGCCAGCCCUGCAAGCCGAUGGUUCCCGCAGACGGAGCUGGGAUGGAGGCCCUGACCCCCCUGCAGGCCACCCACCUCUCACCCUCAGACAGAGCCCACGCCCUUCUGGCGCCACCCAGCGGCAGUGAGAAGGUGUGCUCCAUCCAGUUGGAAGGCCACGGCUGGACCUCUGGCCCGCUCCUCACCCAGGAAGCCCCCGGCCCAGAGCUGCCGUGGCCCUGGGACCAGCUGCCCAGCAGAGCUCUUGGCCCGCCACCACCACCACCGCCGCCGCCGCAGAGCUCCCCAGCGCCCCCUGCAGGCUCGGCGGCCACCAUGCUCCAGCUGGGCCCGCAGCUCUACGACGUGAUGGACGCUGUGCCCGCCCGGCGCUGGAAGGAGUUCGUGCGCACGCUGGGACUGCGCGAGGCCGAGAUCGAGGCCGUGGAGGUGGAAGUGGGCCGCUUCCGCGACCAGCAGUACGAGAUGCUGAAGCGCUGGCGCCAGCAGCAGCCCGCGGGCUUGGGCGCCAUCUACGCCGCCCUGGAACGCAUGGGGCUAGGCGGCUGCGCCGAGGACCUGCGCAGCCGCCUGCAGCUCAGCCCGUGACGCGGGGACAGCCUGCCAACCGGGGGCUCUGGUGGCCCUUGGCGAAGCCUUAAGUACCGUUACUUAUGCAUGUAGACAUUUUAUGUCACUUAUUAUGUAUGCCUCUGGCACAGCCCUGCGUAGCAGCGCCAUCCGACCUCACCCCCCCGCGCCCCCUGGGUUCCGGUUAAGGCAAAGAAACACCAAUGAACAUGGAUGACAUGGGUGGACAGGGGAGGGUCAAGAGAUUGCUCAGCUGUUUCUCAGCCCGAGUCUGGCCAAGGCCGUGGUAUUAAAUAUAUGAAAACCCCCU